AUGGCCCUCCGCUACCGGACCGCGGGGACGACGAUGGCGUCUGCCCUUCGAAGGGCGACGCCGCAGCUCAAGAUCGCGAGCGCCUCGGCCCGUGCCUUCUCUGCGUCUGUCCAGCAUCGUGCUGAUUCGUACGUGGCUGGCGAGCCUGCCGGCCCUUCCGUCAAGACCCAGCUCCCCGGUCCUGCUGUCACCGCUGGUCUCAAGGACCUGGAGCGUGUGUUUGACACGCGGAGCGCCAGCACUCUCGUCGACUACGAGAAGUCGAUUGGCAACUACCUUGUGGACGCCGACGGCAAUGUCUUCCUUGACAUGUUCGCUCAGAUUGCGUCUAUCCCACUGGGAUACAACAACCCGGAGCUAGCAAAGGCUGUUUCCACGCCGGAAGCCAUCCGUGCCAUCACCAGCAGGCCAGCCCUGGGUAUGUUCCCUUCUACGGAAUGGGGACAGGAGCUCGAGGGCGGCAUCCUCAAGGCAGCGCCCAAGGGCCUGAACCAGGUGUUCACCGCCAUGGCUGGCUCCGACGCCAACGAGACCGCGUACAAGGCGGCGUGCAUCUGGCGCGGAACCCAAGACCGAGGCUCGCGCGACUUCAGCGACGCCGAGGUCGAGUCGGUCAUGCGCAACCAGUCUCCAGGCUCGCCCAACUACUCGAUCAUGUCCUUUACCAGCGCCUUCCACGGCCGCCUAUUUGGCACUCUGUCGACGACGCGAAGCAAGGCCAUUCACAAGAUGGACGUUCCGGCCUUUGACUGGCCUGCUGCUCCCUUCCCCGCCCUCAAGUACCCUCUCGAGGAGAACAAGGCAGCCAACGAAGCCGAGGAGCAGCGGUGUCUCGAUGAGGUCGAGAGCCUCAUUGACGAGUGGGCCAAGAAGAGGCCUGUCGCAGCCGUCGUUGUCGAGCCCGUGCAGUCCGAGGGUGGUGACAACCACGCCUCCAACCAGUUCUUCCAAGGCCUUCGCGAUCUGACCAAGAAGAAGAACGUGCUCUUCAUUGUGGACGAGGUGCAGACUGGUGUCGGAGCCACCGGCAAGUUCUGGGCGCAUGAGCACUGGAACCUGACUACUCCUCCCGACAUGGUCACUUUCUCCAAGAAGGCUCAGGCCGCAGGCUUCUACUUCGGGAACCCUGCGCUCCGGCCCGACCGUGCUUACCGCCAGUUCAACACGUGGAUGGGUGACCCGGUGAGGGCCAUCCUUUUCCGUGCCAUCUACAACGAGAUCGAGAGACUGGGCCUGGUGGAGCACACCGCCAAGCUCGGCGACUACAUCUACAGUGGCUUGGAGAAGCUCGCUGCCAAGCAUCCCGACGCUAUCAAGAACCUACGUGGCAAGGGCCGCGGCACAUUCAUUGCAUGGGACUCGCCCAAGAGAGAUGAGAUAAUGAAGGCAACCAAGGCGCGGGGUAUCAACAUUGGCGUCAGUGGCGAGUCAGCCAUCCGGCUCAGGCCGAUGCUGAUUUUGCAGCAGCAUCACGCCGAUAUCUUCCUGCGCGAGAUGGAGGCCAUCUUGGCGAGCCAAUAA